UCGGGCCCCGAGCGCACUGCGCGGGAGGGUCAGGAGAGCGAGCUGCCUCCGGCUCGCUAGCUCGGCGCUGUCCCCGAAGGGGUCUCUGCUCCCGGGGAGUCGGGGGAAGGCAGGAUCCUCACGUGGACUCGGAGGUCACCGCACUCUGCUUUUGCUCUAAGUGGGCACCAUGGCCUCUGGUCCGGCUGGGGAACCGAGGUGGCCGCAGCUAUCCUGUGGCUGAAAGCCCAGGUGGAUGCAGAAAGACAAGGAAAUGACAGAUCUAAAGGGUGGGGCAUACCUCCGGGCUUAAAAUAGGCAAACAACGCAGAACUGGAGGUCGGGUUUCCAGAGCCCACCCAGCCUAAAAACCCUCAGCAGUCGCGGGUGAGGGAUAGAGGGAGGGGGUCGACAACCGCGGAGCGCUGCUUGGGUCGCUUUUUAACCCUGGGACUCUUCAAGAGGUGGACUCCAUGGGGCGGCUACUGCCUGCGGAUUAUAGGGCGCUCUUUGCGCAAAUUACAUUUAUUAAGCAGCUGCUGAUGUAUCGGGUGCUACGCAAGGCACGGUGCAUGCAAAGAUGAAGCAGGAAGAGUCUCAGCCCUCCUGCCGAUGGUCUUUUGAGAGCAGGCUAUCUGGUACCGUCCCCUCCUCUUGAGAAAUGGGGGAACCUAAAGCUGGGAGAGGGUUAGGGCAUCUCUGAGGUCACAGAGUGGGUGGCAGAGUUGGGGGAGUAGACCCACUUUCUGCAGUGCUCGUCCCUCACCCGUGCCCCCACGUUGAAGGGAGCGCUGGAUCCCAGGGUUUAGGUUUUGGUGAGGCCAGGUCUAGAAAUAGCAGUGAUUUACGCGGAGAGAUCUGAUUCCACCUUGGUGACUCUGGGCUGCCUGCCUGGAAGUCCUCUCGGAUAUUUUUGCCCUUUGGGGUGGUGUCAAGACCAGACGUGGUGCUUCAGGGUGCAACCUGUGAUAAUCUUUCCAGUGAAUGCAGUGCAGGGUUGGAUUAGCAGGGCGAAGGCCCCCUCCCCGACACUGGGAAUGGAGGAUUCCACCAAGUAUCUAUUAACUUUAGGGCUCCAGGCCUCUGCAGCUAUUUUUGCACUUCCUGUACUGACAAAAUUUCCUCAUAUCGGGCCUCACGCCUUUGCAACAUGGAUCACGGCAGAAACCACACGAGGCGCCUCCCUCCCUGUUGGUUAACAGCUCCUUGGGUCUAGUAUUCCGAUUUAAAGUCUGGCUCUGCCCGCGGCCAGGGAGGCUGCCAGUAGGGGCACUAGUUAAGUCUAAAGUCCACCUCGGGGCUCUCUGCCUCGUGGCUCUCUCCCUUGUACCCUAAGAGCAGGACAGUUCCCAAUUAUUUCCGCUCUUGGGCGGGGCUUUCCAGACUGGCGCCUCUGCGCCAGCACCCAGCUCUCGAAAGCCGCGGUCUGUAGGCUCUACUCUUGUCCCCGCCCAGCGCUCGAAAUGAGCAUGCGCGCAAGUGUCGCGCCGGGCUGGGUGGGGGAGGGGCGGAAAACCCGAGGGUUCCCAGCCAACAGAGCUGUUGGUCUGAUAUCCGCCCCAUCUUCUGGGGCUGGAGGAAGGAGUGAGUGCGCAUGAGCAGAGAUUCCUUUUGCUUCUAAAUCCAAUAUGGCAACUCUCAAGGAUCAACUGAUUCAGAAUCUUCUUAAGGAAGACCAUACCCCCCAGAAUAAGAUUACAGUUGUUGGGGUUGGUGCUGUUGGCAUGGCUUGUGCCAUCAGUAUCUUAAUGAAGGACUUGGCAGAUGAACUUGCUCUUGUUGAUGUCAUGGAAGACAAAUUGAAGGGAGAGAUGAUGGAUCUCCAGCAUGGCAGCCUAUUCCUUAGAACACCAAAAAUUGUCUCUGGCAAAGACUAUAAUGUGACUGCAAACUCCAAGCUGGUUAUUAUCACAGCUGGGGCACGUCAGCAAGAGGGAGAGAGCCGUCUUAAUUUGGUCCAGCGUAAUGUGAACAUCUUUAAGUUCAUCAUUCCUAAUGUUGUAAAAUACAGCCCAAACUGCAAGUUGCUUGUUGUUUCCAAUCCAGUGGAUAUCUUGACCUAUGUGGCUUGGAAGAUAAGUGGCUUUCCCAAAAACCGUGUUAUUGGAAGUGGUUGCAAUCUGGAUUCAGCCCGGUUCCGUUACCUAAUGGGGGAAAGGCUGGGAGUUCACGCAUUAAGCUGUCAUGGGUGGGUCCUUGGAGAGCAUGGAGACUCCAGUGUGCCUGUAUGGAGUGGAGUAAAUGUUGCUGGUGUCUCCCUGAAGAAUCUGCACCCUGACUUAGGCACUGAUGCAGAUAAGGAAAAGUGGAAAGAGGUUCACAAACAGGUGGUUGACAGUGCCUAUGAGGUGAUCAAACUGAAAGGCUACACUUCCUGGGCCAUUGGACUGUCUGUGGCAGAUUUGGCAGAAAGCAUAAUGAAGAAUCUUAGGCGGGUGCAUCCAAUUUCCACCAUGAUUAAGGGUCUCUAUGGAAUAAAAGAUGAUGUCUUCCUCAGUGUUCCUUGCAUCUUGGGACAGAAUGGAAUCUCAGAUGUUGUGAAGGUGACCCUGACUCCUGAGGAAGAGGCCCGUUUGAAGAAGAGUGCAGAUACGCUCUGGGGGAUCCAAAAAGAGCUGCAGUUUUAACGUUUUCUAAUGGUGUACCACUUCACUGUCUAGACUACAACAGGAUUUUUAGUUGGAGGUUGUGUAUAUUGUCCUUAUUAUCUGAUCUCUUAUUCAAGUAAUAAUAUUAAAAAUGGCCUAGGAAAAACAUCAGUUUCCUAA